AUGGGGAGGAGGUUGAGAAGCCAUCUUGAUCUACUCCACCCAGAUACAGCUGAUAGGGUAAUGAAGAAACAAGAGAAGAGUGUCACUAACACUAAAAGACCUCUCAGACAGUUUAAAUUAGGUGAGAAAGUUUUAGUUAGAAAUUAUAAUGGUCCAAAAUGGAUUACGGGAAAGAUUGUACGAAUCACAGGUCCUAUCUCAUAUCAAGUAGAAACUGAAAAUGGCUUGAUGCGUCGUCAUGUUGAUCAGUUGAGAAGACAAUACUUUGAAGAAAACACUGACUCUAAUGAUAAUGAUAUAGUAUCAGAUGAUGAUGAUGACUGGAUAGGACAUGAUCAGUUCUCACAUAACCCUCCUGCUCCUGAGGCCUCAGCUCCACCUGCCCAAGCAGAUCGUCCGGUUCCCACUCGUUAUUCGUCAAGGUCCCGACCUCCUAUCGAUCGAUAUUCUCCCUCACGAUACACUUAA